AUGAAACCCGAGCUGGUCUCGUCGAUCUUUACCUUGAUCUGUUUUCUCCCUUUCACCUUUGCGCAAGAGCAGGACGAAGAGAAUACCAUUCCUUCAGAAAUAACAGAAUCGUUUCAUCCAUGGUCCUAUGCGCCAAUAUGCACCGAGCCCCUCAAAGCGCUUGGUGGUCCGCUAUGCGUUUACACAAAUGCCACGUUCGCCAAUGGCCGCGGUAUCUCCAUUUUCACGACACCCAAGAUCUCGGAAUCCUUUGCUGCUGAGAUUCCUUUCCACGACGACAAUGUCCUGGCCGAGCACGGAAUCAACGACCCUCAUGGCGACGAGGCUCGACCGUGGUAUGUCGCAGACUUAGCAGGCAAGGGUAAGGGCGUGCUGGCCAAGCACGAACUUCGUCGUGGCGACCGCAUUACUGCUUACACUCCCUAUAUCCUCGUGCACAUGGAGAGCGAGUUUACCGUCGACGAGCGCGAAAAGUGGCUGAAAAUGGCCAUCAGGCAAUUGCCCGAGGCCAGCCAGGAACAUUUCUUCAGCCUCGCCACGAUCUGGAAUGAGAAAGGGUAUGAAGCGCAAGAUGUGAUCAAGGCGAAUGCUUUCGAAAUGCAGGUCGGUGGGGUGAUGCAUGUCGGCGUGUUCCCAGAAACGAGCAGGUUGAAUCAUGCCUGUAGUCCGAAUGCUCAAUACUUUCUCGAACCCGGUUUGUUGACGCAUUUCGUCCACGCUUCGAGAGACAUUGCACCGGAUGAAGAAAUUACCGUCUCGUAUGCGCCCCCUUUGCGAUUUCACGAAACCCGUCAGAAGUAUUUGAAAGAUCACUUCCACUUUACGUGUGACUGUCCACGUUGCCAGAAUGGUUUGGCAUCCGAUGACGCAUUACACCAAAUCGACACACUACAGUCCAGCCUGGGUAACUGGACGCCCGAGUCGACGGCCAGCGUGAAGAAGGCGGAAGAGUUGAUCCGCUUGUACAAGCAGGAAGGCCUCGAGGGAUUCCUGGACACCGCGUACGGGUACGCCGCCCUGACGUACAAUGCCGUCGGUAGCGUCAGGGGUGCGAAGAGGUAUGCCAAACUGGCGGCCGAGUCGGCUGCUUUGAAGUAUGGUCCUUCUUACAAGGACAUUGCUACGUGGAAGGACCUGGAGAACGAUCCGCAGGGGCAUGUGAGUUGGAUGAGGAGGAAGUUGGCACGACUUUGAAGAGAGACAGAUUCUAUGGACACGAUUCCUUUUUUUGUGUAGUGUUUUGUAUAAUGCUGGCUGGGCGUUAGUCAGUAUUUGAGCAGUUCAUCUGGUGGAUGGCAUCGGCCGGUGGCAUAUGGCUGCUUGGGAGUGGUAGUCCAGGUGUAAUUUGGUCCUCAGUAAUCG